GAACAAUCAAGACUGGACUGAGGGGUGGGGCGGAGAAACCCACUCACCCAGCAAAAAGAUACUUUUGAUCGAAACAGUUUCGUUUGCUGAAAACCAAACAGUCUCUUAACAAGCAAUGCCCAAAGGGCAGUCUUUUUCCUAACAAAACGCUAUCAUUCCAAAAAAAGAGCCAUGAAUAACGACGGGCAAACCCCUAAGCCUCGACGGAAAAAGGCCACUCGUGCUUGUUCACAUUGCCAAAAGGCUCACUUAACUUGUGAUGAUUCGCGACCAUGUCAGCGAUGCAUCAAGCGAGGUUUGGAAAGUACUUGUACCGAUGGAACUCGAAAACGAGCAAAGUACCUUCAGGAUGAUGAGUAUGAACAAGUAUCCUCACCUGCAUCUACUACACCUUCCGAGCAUCCGUCACUUAAUGCCUUUGACCAGCAUCAACAACAGCCUACUGAUAUCGGCUUUGAUCCUCAGUUGUUGAAUAUCGCUGGUAAUUAUGGGUUUGGAUCAGAAUCAGCAAAUCUCGAGUAUGGUAUUUUGUCCAACAUGCUUCAACUCAAUAAUGCUGGCGGCGGUGGUGUGGAACAAUUCCUUGGCGCAGCACAAACGCCAGGACCAGGUCGUCAAGGAACGCAGCCAUUCGAUCCAAAUACAGCUGAGUCUAGCAUGCUGAUGCGUGGCACAGUGUCAUCUCCAAGUACAUCUUCCGCUGUGGAUACCCCAUCGUCGUCCAUGCUCACACCCACCAUGUCUACUGCUCCAUUGUUUCCACAGCAACAGCAACAGUCGCAGCAGCAGCAACCAUUACAACACCAGUCGCUCAUGUCUCAACCACUGCAACAACAGCAACAGCGCCAGAUGCCCCCACAGAUGCAAAUGCACCAACAAUCUUCGCCGAUCGAUGUGAAAGGCAAGAUCGUCAAGCGGCGGAAAGGGGUUGGUAAUACACCAGAAGAAGCCUACACCAUUAUCAAAGGGCCCUUUAACUAUGCCGAAGGAUACCAUUACUUGUUUCAGCAUGUCCGGCAAAGAAUGGGUCGCGAGGAUUUGAUGCGGAUAUCUCGAGCACUUGCGAUAUUUCGACCUUCGUUUAUCUCAGCCAUGAUCCAUCUCACUGAGGAGGAUUUGAUAUACAUGGAAAAAUGUGUUCAACGAACAUUGCUGGAAUACGAAAAGUUGAUUACUUUCUCGGGUACUCCAACAGCUGUGUGGCGACGUACAGGCGAAAUUGUGCUGGUGGGCAAAGAGUUUUCUUUGCUAACACAGUGGAGCAAGGAAACGUUGCUUGGGAAAAAGACGUUCAUAUAUGAACUAAUGGAUAAUGGAUCUGCUGUCGAGUACUGGGAAAAAUAUGCCCAGCACGCAUUUAGCGACACAGAGUCGUCAGCGUACAUGUCAGUAAUAUUAAUGAGCCCGACCUAUCGACCCGUGCCUUGCAGCAUCUGUUUUACGAUUAAGCGAGACUUCUUCGAUCUGCCUAGCGUUGUUGUUGGCAACUUCCUUCCAAUGCUAAAUGGAAACACAUUAUAGCAUGUACUAUUGCAUUUUCACCUUCCUUUCUUGCAUAAACAUUCACCCAAGCAUUUCUCGUUACUUUAUACUUCGUUUAGUUAUUUGUUCACAAC